GUUCUGGCUAUCGCCUUGCUGGCAGCAGAACAUAUUCAGUUAGAGUGAAAGGUGCAGACGCUUUGAGAUCAAGACAAGAUAAUCAAAAUGGAGUGGAAAACUAUGGAAAUUAACCCUGAGAUGCUGAACAAAGUACGUGUGUGCUGUCUGCUGAGUCACUUGAGUACCUCGGUGCUGUCCAAGCUGGGUGUUUCUGGAAGCUGGCGUUUUGUCGACGUUUUGGGCUUUGAAGACGAAUCUCUCUCCUCGGUGCCAACUCCAAGCUGCGCUGUCAUGCUGCUGUUUCCUCUCACUCCACAGCAUGCUGCCUUCAGGGUCAAGCAGGCUGGAGAGUUGACUGGAAAACAAGAGGAGAGCAAGAAGGUUUACUUUGUGAAGCAGACGAUUGUAAAUUCCUGCAGUACGGUUGGCCUUCUCCAUGCUGCUGCUAACAACAUGAGCAAGCUGGAAUUUGAGAGUGGCUCUGCACUGAAGAAGUUCCUUGACGAUACAGCUGCUCUGUCUGCAGAUGAGAGAGCAAAGCAUCUUGAAGAGAACCAGGACAUACGUGCUAUCCAUGACGAAGUAGCAGCAGAAGGACAGUGUCGGGUAGAGGAAGAUAAUGUGAAUUUUCACUUUAUUACCUUCACCAAUGUUGAUGGGCAGCUCUAUGAAUUGGAUGGCAGAGUGGAAUUCCCUGUGAAUCACGGAGCUACAAAAGAAGACUCCUUUGUAAUGGAUGCUGCAAAAAUCUGCAGGCAGUUUAUGGAACGUGAGAAAGGAGAAGUUCGCUUUUCUGCCGUGGCCUUGUGCAAAGCUUAAGAGCAAGACCGGGGGGUGGGGGGUGACUACUUUCACCUAAAUCCGUAGCACAUCGAUCCAAGCUUGCAAGCGCUUUCUGUGUAAUGGGGUUUCCUGCAAAGAGUUAUGUUGCUCUGUAUUGGGAGUACUUUUAAAACGAGGACCAAGGGCCUUUUGUUUUAGCACCCUGUACUGAAAAAGGGCUGUAUUGGGUUUUCUAAAUUCUCAUUUUGAGGUGUUCAAGAUGACUGGGUGGUUACAGCUGCUUGGAGGGUGUUUGGUGUAACUCUGUUGCAUGUUGUGGUAUCCAGUGCUUUGUUAAUGUUUUCUGUAGUGCACUGCCACAUGAGGUUCAUUUUGUCAAGUUUAACUUGUUUCUUUGGACAACUUAACUUGUGUACUUUGUUUAGUGCUAAGCUGUUUGGAAAAUAAAUGACUGGAUGUACCUUUGUGUUCAU